GGGUUGACUGCUCACAGAAGGAAGGAAGAAGUCUUGACAGAAAAUAUUUCCCAAAUUUUUCUUUAAAAUUUCCCAUCAGUUUCAAUAUUGUGCAUGGCAGCUGGUGGUAAAGCUCUUGUUCCCUUGCGUCAGAAGACAAGGAAGAAAAGUCAAGGAGUUUGUGUAAUGAGCCGCCGAAGGAUCUCCUGUAAGGAUUUGGGACUAGCUGAUUGCCAGGGAUGGCUUUACAAGAAAAAGGAAAAAGGAGGUUUUAUUGGCAACAAAUGGAAAAAGUUCUGGUGUGUGCUGAAGGGUUCAUCGUUAUACUGGUACAGCAGUCAACUGGCAGAAAAAGCUGAAGGAUUCCUCAGCCUUCCAAACUUCACAGUGGAUCAAGCCAUGGAGUGCAAAAGAAAGUAUGCUAUGAAAAUUAUCCAUCCACAGAUCAAGACAUUUUAUUUUGCAGCAGAGAAUGUCGAGGAAAUGAAUAUAUGGCUAAAUAAGCUAGGUGUGGCUGUUGUCAAGCAAGUCAACAAAAAGAAUGAAGAAGAGUGCUAUAGUGAGAGUGAUCACGAAGAACCAGAAAUAAACAUGGAGACUCCACCCCCUCCAUAUUCAGACCAGCCAGUGCAGCCUCAUUUGGACCAGCAAGAGCCUUCCUCAACACCCCAUGUAUCCAGUUCUUUAUCCUCUCCCCAAAGCAGUAGAAAGUCACAAGGCUCUUCUUCUUCCUCCUCAUUGUUGAAAGUAUUGCGUCAAGAGCGACAGUCAUGGCUUGACUUGGUUAACAGCUCUGCAACAGGGGAAGAAGUGGACAAUCCAUGUUCAGCUGUCAGUGAAGAUUCUCAAGAUAAAGAUUGCCUGGUAAUGACAGACUGUAACAAAACAGUGGAAAGGGGGCUUGUUGAACCAGAGGAAAGCUUUCAGAACUCUUUAAACAAAGGUGCACAUGUAUUAGACAGAGAGAAGGAUAACAUAGCAGAGCUUGGAAAAACAAUACUGAAUGCUCAGCCUAAAGAACAAGGAAAAUGCCCCAUAGAUGAAAUGGAGAAACUUUACAAAUCUUUAGAGCAAGCCAGUUUGUCUCCUAUUGGGGACCGCCGACCUUCAACUAAAAGAGAGCUGAGAAAAUCCUUUAUCAAAAGGAGCAAAAACCCAUCAGUUAAUGAGAAACUGCACAGAAUUCGAGCUCUGAAUAGUACAUUAAAGUGCAAAGAACAUGACUUGGCUAUGAUUAACCAGUUGCUAGAGGACAGAAAGUUGACAGCGAGGAAGUACAGGGAGUGGAAGGACACAAACUCUAUGCUGGUCCAAGAUAUCUAUCAGCAGCAGGAUAUCCUAAAUGUGUCUGAGGAAAAUAUCAAGGAGCCAGAGGAGAUGCUGCAACCUUCUUUCAUGGAAAGUACUAUCUGAGAAGAGCGGACAGUGUGUUACUCCUUCUGCUACUAUUUCUCUUCACCUGUGAUAAAUUUUGAGCUGCUACAGUUUCAAGUUUUGUUGUUUUUCUAAGAGUUGAUUGGUUCCCUACUAUGGAAAAUUCAGCCCCUAAUCCAGAACAUCCUUUCCUCUCUCAGUAUUCUUUAUUUACUCAGUAUUCAGAGCGCUGUCAUCCAAAUGGUUGCAUUGUGAUAACUAGUCAUGGUGAAGUUCUGAGGAGAACAUUUAUCCAAUGAAGGGAAACUGCAUUUCCAUUUUUAAAAAUGACCAAACUUCAUAGCAAGAAAUAAUUAAGUACGUUCAGCACAUGGACAUUUAUAUUUUAAAGAUUAUGUAUAUAUUGUAAAUAAAUACUGAAGCAAAAUGUUUUUGAAAUGCUUUAAAAGCUUGACUUUUAAAGAUUUCUUCCAAUAAAAAAUGCUACUCUUCACUAUGAUCAACUGUCUGAAGUACAGAAAGGAUAAUAAUAUUAAUGGCAGUGCCUGUAUCUUUUAUAUGCUGUUUGGUGAACAUAUUGUGAGAUA